AUGUCAACGAAAGCACAGCCGGCCACGCUCGUACGAGAUGUCUCGCCGCCGCCGCUGAGAAAACGCUCAACCGCUCUUGCCAGCAGUGAGCAGAAUGAGCCGCAAGAUCAUCAUCCCGUCAAGUCAGAAGCCGCAAAGAUUGAAGCGCACGAAUUUGCGAUCCGAGAUCAUCUGACCUAUUUUGUACAGCAUUUGUCUGCUGCGUUGAGGCCCAGCUCAGGUCCUAGAAUCACAAUCGAGCAUUUUCGAAAGUUGUAUCUUCGCAAUCAGCAUGCUAAAGGAGCCCAUUUCGUGAUUCAUCAGCACGAUCAUCCGAUCUCAGGUGUCCACUAUGAUCUUCGCCUGCAAUUCUCCGAGACGAGCUCGGUGAGCUGGGCCAUACCCUAUGGCUUGCCCGGGAACGCGAAUAGUCUUCGACCAAACAGGAUGGCAAUUGAGACUAGAGUCCAUAAUCUAUGGAAUAAUCUGAUUGAAUCAGCAUCACAUGCCACAGGCUCGCUUCUCAUAUGGGAUAUUGGUGAAUUCGAAGUCCUCGACCGACCCCAGCAGAAGCCUACUCAAACCACAGAUGAUGAGUUGUGCGAAGCAGAGCAGGAGCCUGCCAAGUUAGAGCCCCAAAACGAGCGCUUGAAGAACGCCUUCCAGUCUCGUCACAUACACCUCCGACUACAUGGAUCUCGCUUGCCUUAUGGCUAUACCAUUGCUCUGCGAUUGCCCUCACACAAUGACCGAAGUGCCCAGCCUCAGAAGCCAGUACGCAAAAGGCGCCGCAUUGACCCUUCGAAGGCGCGUACAGCGAGUAUUGCCACCAGUAGUGAAGAUGAACCCGAUACGGAAGCCAAGGUUAGCUCGAAGCAAGAAGAAGCUCUCGAAGAUGAUCACCUCGAUGCUGCAAAUGCUUCAGAAGACGAUGGAGAUGCGGCAAUACGAGCAAACAACGCUUAUUCCGGGGCCACAAACACGAUCGGAUCGGUCCACCAACGUCACUGGUUCCUCACACUCGACCGACCAAAUUCUGGAUUUCGAAAGGCAAAGGCCGGUCCUGAUGCUGGCAGAUGGGUAGGGCCCUGGAAAACAUUCUACGUUCUUGGUCGAGAACACGAGCGCAGCAUUGUCACUGGCAGAUUGGCCGAUGAAGUCAUGGCCGACGAAGGCGUCAAAAAGUUCAUUGGGAGAAAGAUGUGGCGACUGAUAACAGAGUGA